CGGCAGGCGAAGAACAACGAUGCUUGCUCCGACGCUGAAGCGGUGUCUGCACACGACGGCGCUCCUUCGCCAGGAGGGCGCCGCCGCCGCCGCCGCAGCUUCUGCAUCAGCAGCGACAGCGAGCAGGAAGUCGGCACCGACCGCCUCGGCUUCCGAGCUUGCCAAUGCGCUCCGGCGAGUCGUGGGAGGCGCGCGACCUCCUCGAGCGGCAGGAGGAGCCAAGGGCCCAAACCGCGAUGGCGACAGGCGAGCAAGCGGAGCUCGGCCCAGGUCAGAGGGUGAUAGGCGAGGCGCUCAAAAUGACCGACGUGGUGGCGGCGGCAAUAACAACGAUCGACGAGGCGGCGGCAACAACGAUCGGCGAGGCAACAGCAGCGGCGACCGUCGCGGUGCACAGGGGCAGGGGCAGGAACAGCGUCGGCGGCGUCCGUCUGUCCUCCGGGAUGUACGUGAGCGCUCGGGCGGCGGCGGUACACAAUUCGAGCGCGGCGCCACGACACCCGCCCUCGACCGGCCACUGCCGCCGAUCGAGGCGCUGAUCCCUCGCACCGAGUGGUCCGCCUCUUCGUCGAAGGGCACCGUGCCCUUCUCGCGCAUCCCUUACACGACGCCCUCGGAACUGCUGGGCCGGCCAGACCUCGACGCCCUCGUUGCCUCGCCGGCCUCGUCGUCUUCCCUAGCUGCGAGCAGCAGCAACAGCAAGCGCACGCGGCCGUUGCGCAACGCCGAGCGCGCCCUCCGCUACCACCUCUCGCCGCGCGGCAACAACACACUGGGCCCGCUCGGUGCGCCCACGCCCAUCGCGCGGCCCGGCGCCCACACGGCGUGCGCAACGCAGGCUACUGCAGCAGCAGCAGAUGGCGACAAGUCCAUCAAGGAGCAGAGCCGCGACGAGCGGAUGCGCCUCCUCGACGAGACCGUCGGCGGCGACUAUUCGGCGCAGCUGGCCCCGUCGCUCCUCAAGGACAGCGACGCAGCGCGGCAGCCACAGCUCAAGACGGCCGCCGACGCGCUGGCGAGCAACGCCGAGCUCAAUGUCGCCAGCCGGGCCUGGACGCUCGACGUGGUGCGGCGCAUCAUCAGCCGGCCGAGCAAGUAAGGGUAUCAGAGCAGCAAAGAAUCUAAUUACGAC